UAAUAUAUCCCAUAUCCCUGUUUCAGAUUCAAGACAGCACUCCAGCUCUCAGUUCACAGUGUAUAUGUGUAAGAGUGUGUGAAACAGUUUAUUCAUGUUUUGAUGCUGUUGGUGAGCCGCUUUAUGACCUUACGACGUUCAUAUUGAUGACGGGCACCAUGAUGCGGAGUAUGGACGCAAGGGAAACUGAGAUUGACCUGAGGGAUGCAGGGGAUGGAGAGGAUGAUGAGGGACAACAGACGUGGAAGACGCAGCUGGAAACAGUCCUGGAGGAAGAGGAAGAAGAAGAUGUGAUUUCUACACAGAGUGACACCAGGCCUCUGAUCAAUGAACGGGACCCAAGACAAAUAAAUGAGUGUCUUAAGGUUAGUUUUGAAGAUGUGAUAGCAGAGCCAGUCUCGGUGCGCAGUGGGGAUCGGGUGUGGAUCUGGAGUCACGCUCUUUUCGAGGUGUCCAAGGUCUGGUUUUAUCGUAUAAUCACUGCUCUGCUGGCUGUUCCAGUGUCCCUCCUCACUGGGAUUCUCUUCGCCGUCCUGAGCUUUGUUCACAUCUGGUUCUUUAUGCCAUGUGUGCAGGUUGUCUUGAUUAACACUGGGUGGUUGCAAACUUUAUGGAGCAGCGUUUUAGACAUAAUCAUCCUACCCAUCUUCCAAAGCGUAGCCAAGUGCUGCAGUGGGAUUAGUGUCGUUCUCACGCGGGAAUGAUAGACAUGCGCGGGAAUCUGCUGAAUCAAUUCAAAUGGAUAUUCACAGUGAACUUUUGGGCAGAUGUCUGGCCAUCUGACUCCUGGUGCAUGUCAAGGGGGACCAUGCCCAAAUGUCAAGCGUGAUGAAUGUUAACUCGCUGCCAAAGACUGAGAGGAAGUGGAUAUUUGAAAAUGCAUGAUGUUUGCUUAUGUAUGAAUGUAAUUUGAAGGCAUAGUUCCACCAAAAAUGAUGUUGAAAACCCAUGUUUUAUUUUCUUCAUCUGUGGAACACAAAUAUGGACUACUUUAACAGUGCUUUAUAUAUCACCUUUUAUGUUCUAAGAAAAAAAAAAACGUCUUACAGUUUUGCAGUGGCAUGAGGGUGAGUAAAUUAUGAAAGAGUUUUCAAUUCUCAAAGAACUAAA